AAGUGAGUUCUUGGAGAACAAACGAAGACCAGAACCAGAUUAAAGUGGAGUGAUUUGUUGAGUUAAAUGCCUCAUAAAAAUAAACAGGAAGACAGCAGGAUCUGGACAGUCUCUCCUCUCUCGUUUCCCCUCCCUUCCUCCUCAGUUACAUAACUCAGCUGUCAGGAGGUUUAUUUCCCAGCCUGUAGUCUCUCGUAGAGGAGCUCUCUUCCCUAUUAUUCAUCUUAAACAGUGUAUCAUAAUGAUCAUGUUUAUUAUCGCUGCUGUGGUGAUGUUUUCGGGGGUGACUGGAAGCCUCAAUGUGACGGAGAGUCUUGAGGCUGAUACAGCGGACAUGUUGGCUCAUCCAAACAGCGUACCGGAGUUCACAGAGGAGGAAACAGAGAUCCUUGGACAGGUAAGAGGAAAAUAACCUCCACUCCUUCUGUGUGUCACUAUUUUUCUUCUUUUUAGGUUUGAUUUGCUCAGAUUUUAAAACAAUGGCUGAAAACUGCAGGUUUUAAAGAAUUAAGUGCUUGUAAGAAAUUGUUGAGACAUGGGAAGUUCUCUUUAAAAGACAUUUCUUUGUUGCAUACAUCAUAACAUCCGGAUCAUUCUGUACACAGUACAAAACCCAUAAUAAGCCCGAGUCAAAACACAGAGCUUUCCACUGUUUUGCAAAAUGCUGGCUGCAGAACUGAGAGGUCAAACUGCAGUAAAAAUAAUGGUAAUAAAUAUGUUUUCAGCAGGGGUCAAACGUUUGGUUUGUAGUUUGAACGACACUGUGUACUCACCUACCACAAUGUUAGAUACACCUGGAAAAUGUACAGAAAAUCCAACACAACAGCUUUUCCACAAACUUUCAGGAAGCUUCCACAGUUUCAGUUUUUGUUACGUCCAGACAGGAGACAAUUUUAACAUUAUACUAAAGAAGAUGUGAUGGCUGGUGGUGUCACAAUGUCGUAGUUUGUCCAACUGACUAAAACAAGAGCAAAAAAAUACUAAGACUAUCUUUCUGGCAGAGCUGUUGGAUUGAGUUGCAUGAGAUCACCCUGGUGUUUAUAAUCUUGUGGCAGGUAAGUCUGAAAGUAAAAUGUCCAGCUUUUAUGGCUCUACAAAUUAAAGUCGUCUCAUUGUCGAGGCGAGGGUGAGGAAGGUGUUCACGUCAGAGUUCAAUAACUGGGCUAAUUUGAGAGAUUUCAGCUCUUCCACUUGUUCUUCUUCGCUGGCAGCUGCCCAGUAGCUUCCAAGUACUUGUGAAUAAGUUCCUCUUGUGUAACUGGCAGGCAGGGCUGGUAUCUGCUGUACUCCAUGGUAUACUCCCCUUUUCCCUGAAAAAACAAAAAAACAUCAGAAGAUAAGAAAGCAUCAGAAAGUUAUCUAUGUUUUCCUGCUCUUCUGUAAACAGUGAUUUUGUUGAUCUGUGUCCUUCAGUCUCAGACUGAUCUCCUCAUUAAAGACUCUCUGACCAUCACAGCACUAACAUGUUGAUAUUGUAAUCUUAGUGUCCUUCAGAGAUAACUGUCAGCUCCUAGAAUUAGACUUUAUUUCAGACUAUGUUAGGAUGACCAUAUUCUGAAUCACCAAAAAGAGGGCUCUACUACGGGGGAGUGGAGCUGCAUGCAAAAUUUUGAGGGUUUUUCAGGUCGUCCAAACUACACAAACUCAAAACUUCCAUACAAAACCCAGACAUUUGAAGGAUUUUAUAAACUCCCCCUACAGGCCAGACAAGGCCGGACAGCCCCCCAAAAAGAGGACAUGUCCCGGUAAAAGAGGACGUAUGGUCACCCAAGACUAUGUUAUAUUACAGACCGUAUAUCCCUCUUAUUAUUACAUCAACAUCUGCCAGACUUAAAGCUCCUCUGAGGAGUUUUUCCACCUUUGUAAAAUAGAAUGAAAAAAGAUCAAACUGAAGUCUUUGUCUAGUGUUUAUGUUGGACUUUGGUUGACUUGGUUUAUGUGGACUUCAGGACGAGGUAAAUCUCAAGAGCUCUGUGUCCCACCUCUGAAAGCUCAAAGUGAUCUGGAUUGUUGUGGACUGACUGUACCUCUGUGAAGGAGCGCAGUUCUGUAGCGUAGCCGAACAUGUCAUUGAGGGGAAUCUGUUGGGAGAAACAUACUUCAUCUAAAUGGUGUUGAGCAGAGACAAAUCAGGUACUCUCAGUGACAAUACUGUGUGUAACUGGUGUAAGUUUAUUGGGUAUAAAGUUGACUCACAUCAGCAUACAGAGUCAUGUAUCCAUCAGAUCCAUCCUGUCCUGAGAUGACACCAUGCCGACGGUUCACACCAGCGAUCACAACGCCCUGAAACUCCUGAGGCACCACGAUUUCCACUGACAUGAUUGGCUCCAGGAUGGCUGUGUUGGCUCUCUCCAUGGCUGAUAAGAAGAUAUUAGAAAUCAGCGUAAACAAACAAACAACAGACGAGAAACGACAUACACAAAAAAGAGUCAGAUAACAGGUUCAUCUUAACCUUGUUUGAGAGCGCCUUCUCCUGCUCGGGUGAAGGAGAACUCAUUGGAGUCCACCAUGUGAUUCGCUCCGUCUUCCAGAAGGAAUUUGACUCCUGAAAUCUUGUGUCCGCUCAGGGGUCCCUUCUCACAGGCCUCCCUGAAACCCUGCGGCGUGAGGGGCAGAAACAAGAAAUGAAUAAUCAGAGAGAAUAUAGCGGAAAGUAUGACGAUAUUUAACAUUUAUAAAGCUACCCUGUGACUGUCACCACAUAUAAACCAGGGAAAUUAACCUUUUCCACAGCUGGUAUGAACUGUUUGGGGACGUUGGUUCCGAUAGUCUGGUCUUCAAACUCCAGUUUGGUGUAAUGCUCCGGUUCUAGAGGUUCGAGCAUUCCAAUAACUUUACCAUACUGUCCCGAGCCACCGCUCUGCUUCUUGUGUGUGAAGUCAAAACUGCAGGAAAAAAAAAUCAAUAUUUCAAAUUCAUUUUGGAUUGUUUGAAUCUUUGGAAACUUCAUUAGCAGUGAUGCUGAGAAUACAGAGAACAAUAUGUCAAAUCCAAAUCCAUGCCGGCAGUUUCGAUUGAAUAACUGUUGUUCUUUAGGCUCCUAUUGCUUUUCUGUGAAGCUGAUCCACAGAGGAGGCAGGACUGAACACAAAGAUGGUCUGUCUCUUUAAAAAGGAGGCGGUCCUCUCAGAGCUCUGCUGUCAGAGGAAAGAGGAAGUAGUUUUUCCACUUGCAUGAGGAGCGGCUGAGACUGAACACUGGGCUGAUAAACUUUCCACCUGAAGGGCCGGGUGACAACCAGGGAUUUGCAGUUUUCUUUUUGCUUUACAGGCAAGACCAGCUUUCUGAUCAGUUCUACUUUUCUGAGAGACUUUUGCAGGUAUUCUCUGUCUUCUACUUUCUUAAAUGGAUGUUCCUAUAGUGUCUGGACAUUUCUCUUAUCUACAGACAAACCCUCUCCUGCUGACACCUGAGGGUCAAAGUCCAUUAGAAGCACAGCCCUGUUCAUUACAGCAGCUUCUGUUAUGAUUUACUCCCAUCGUCUCUGUCUGACUCCUAGAUCUUAGACGUGGAGGCUGAGGGGGAUGUUAUGGCGACUGGAGAACUGAACCCUAACCACUACCAAGCUCAGAGAGCGGCUAAAGUCGUCCAGCAUUACCUCAACACUCGCAACGGCUCUCCAUUCAGGCUGUUCAGACUGUCGAGGGUGCACAGUGGAAACUUAGAGGUCAGCUGAACUCUUCUCUUUUACAGUGACAGAAUACAACAGCUGUAAACUUUUAACUACACAAGUUUCUUUCUUGUGUUUUCAGGAUCUGGUCGACUCUGGGAGAAAGUAUCAGCUGGAGAUCACCGUGAAGGAGAGCAUAAGCAAUGUAUGAUUUUUGUUUUUUUGAAUCAGUCAAUUUUAACAACUUUGAACUACUUUAAAGUUUGUGCUCCCACUUUGGGUCUUUCAGACAAUAGUGUGGCUGGUACUAAGAAAGUCAAUAUUUCUACAUUCAAACUGUGUUUAUAGACACUUAGUUUUUCUUUAGUGUGCAGCUGGAUAAUCUCUUGCUUUUGUGUGAGCUGGUCUGGCCAGACUUAACUAAACAGCAACUUAAAGGAGUCAGUGUGGUGCAAUCAUGACUCACUGGCUGUCAUAGCAACAUCUGGACCACACCUUAGCUCUCUUUCUUAUCGAACUUGCUUUUUUCACCCUUUUUUUAUACCCUCUGCUGUCUGCUUUUAUUUUGAAAAUCCUCACAGACUACAGAGAAACUCUCUGCAUCAGUUUUGUUUCCGAGGGAAGAGCGGCAGGGCUCAGCGCAGGUCCAGGCCUCCUGUGAUGAGCUCCUCAAAGUCAACAUUACGGCUCAGGAGGAGGCUUUCUAUCAACAGUAUAAGAACAGCCAGAACCUGGUUUCUGCACAAUAUUUACCUGGUAUGUACGGUCAGACACUCUCUGCAUACUCUGGUCAGCUCUGAUAUUACACAACAUCUGCUGCAAAACUAAAGCAACUUGGUAUUUCAGCACAAACUGUUAGUGGUUUUCUGCUUACACAAUAUCUCCAAGCCUGACAGAGUAACAUAAAUACUAACAUCCUUUAAAACACAGCUCCUCUCUGACCAACAGAUAGUCACGGCCGGAUUGAUGACGACAUGAGGCCUUUCUGGCACCUCAGCAUCGUAGCCUCAAGCUUCGUCAUGCUGAAGGAAUCAAACGAGAACACUCUGUACAACAUGGCUCAGGUUGCCAACGUCACACAGCUGGUAGGCUGUUUCACCUCUUGGUGUCGAGCUUUUGCUGAUGUUUAUCUUAUUCAUAAUCCAUCUAUAAAUGAGGAUAUAGAGGUUUAUGUUUGCUUUGCACUCCUUUGCGUCUCUAUCAUCCUCUUUCUUUUGUCUCUUCUGCUGCAGGCGACGGAGAACGACCAGCUGAAGUUUGAUGGUCACAUACUGCUGCACGACAUGGUGUCACAGGUAAUUGUUAUUGUAAUAAUAUUAAAAGCUGCAUGUCAGUUGGUUUCAGCAUCACUCUUAAAAAAAGACCGUAGCUUUGAUUAAACCGUUUUUAAGUAAAAAUACAACUAUUACGUCAAAAAUAAUCAGUCAAUCAGCAAAAAUGAUCAAUUUCGACCUUUCAAGCGGCUGUCAGCAGUGAGUGCACAUUAGCCGUUUUCCCCCUCCUGAUAACUUAAACUAUUAAUUACCUGUCAGAAUAACCAGCUCUUACAUUUUAGCACUGCAGGUACUUUACAGUUAAGUGAUCUGGGGCUAUAGAGUUGACACUUGCGAAUUAUGCACCAUGUGAGGUAAGGUUUCAUUACCUAACAGCUCGAAUUAAUCUGUCAAUCUUUGUUGUUUUUGCAGGAAAUCAUUCACUGGAAACUGCAGUUCACUUGGUCUCCUCCAGAGGGAGUUAAAGUGCUGCAGAUGGAGCAGCUGCCGCACUGUCAUCACUGUGAAAAACCUCAAAACUCAAACUGAGGUGCAGACAUUUACCACGCUGUCGUCAUUAGCAAAGCGAAGCCAUUUAACAACACAAACUUUUAUACUUCAGAUAGAUUCUAUUAACUGAGCAAACUCACCAAAUAUAAUAAGGUUAUGUGAUGCCUUUGGCUGCAACUGUAUUUUAGCUUUAAUAAACUGUUUAUACAGAC